AUGGCUGCUGAACCUGUGUCUGAACUGAGGGUGGUUCUCCUCGGGAACAGCUGGAUUCAGAGGAGCUCUGUGGGAAACCUGCUGCUGAAUGAGACAAAGUUUCAAGCAAAGAAAGAACCUGCAAGUCCUGAGAUACAAAGUGGAGAACUUCAAGAGAAGAAGAUAUCUGUCAUCAACUCUCCAGACCUGUUUAAACACAACCUCUCUGCAGUCCGACUCACAGAGCUGGUCACAGAGAUAGCAGACGCCUGUGCCCCUGGUCCUCAUGUGUUCCUGUUGGUUCUACAGCCUGAAGACUUCACUGAGCUACACAAAACCAGACUAGAGUCAGUUCUGAGGAGCUUCAGUGAGCAGGCCUUUGACCACUCUCUGGUGCUGGUGUCCACACCCAGAGAAGAGACUCCAGGCUACAUGGAGAAGUACAUGGACGACCCACAUUUAAGGGACAUGAUCAUCAAAUGCAGAUAUGAAUAUCUUUGGAUGAAUAUUAUUGAUUUAGACAAAAAAGAGUCCUUCAAACAUAGACUUUUGUUAACAAGAAUCAUUAAAAUAGUAAAAGAACAGAAUGUAAACCCUCUGCUCUACGAACCAUUUGAGGACCCUGAGUCUGCACCACAGGCACCCACUGAGAAGAAGCAGUCACUGGUGGGAGCAGUAGUAAGUGCCGGAAUCACUGCAUUUGUUGGAUCUCCUAAAGACUUCACUAUUCUGCUAUUUGGAAAAAGUGAUGUCAAAAAGGCCAAGCUCACAAACUUCAUGACUGGAGCUCAAACCUUUGCAAAACCUGGCAAAAUAGCCUCUGGGGAAUGGAGAGGGAACCAUCUAAAGGUAGUGAGGACCCCAGACCUGUCCAGUCUCUCUGUGAAGACUAUGGGAGAAGAAAUGAAGAGAUGUGUGUCUCUGUGCUCUUCAGGACCCAACAUCCUGCUGCUGUUAGUGAAGCCGUCUAACUUCACAGAGGAAGACAGAAAACAACUCAAGUCCAUUCUAAAGUGUUUUGGUCCUGAUGUCUUUAAACACUCUAUGGUUAUUCUCACUAACAAAGAGGAUCAUCUAAGGACAUGUGCUGAUAAUCUCAUUGGCGACUGUGAAGGAAAAUAUUAUAACAUGUUAGACAAAGAUCUUGAUAAGUUAAUGGAAAAGAUUGACCUCAUUAUACAUAAACAGAAGUCAUUCCUCACCUUCACUGAUGAGAAGAAACCAGCUCUGAACCUGGUUCUGUGUGGGAGACCUGGAGGAUGGAAGACCUCAGUAACUCAGUCCAUUUUAGGGAGAGCAGAGUUCCCUGCAGUGAGCAGCACAGGACAGUGUGUGAAACAUGAGCUGGAGGUGUGUGGGCGUGAGGUGUCUCUGGUGGAACUGCCAGCUCUGUCUGACAAAGCUCAACAGGAAGUGAUGCAGCAGUGCCUCCAGUGCAUCUCCAGAUGUGGUCCAGAGGGAGUUCAUGUCUUCAUCUUGGUCCUACCUGUGCGUCCCCUCACGGAUGAAGACAAAGCAGAGCUGAAGGUCAUUCAGGACAGUCUCACUUCUCAAGCCAAGGUCUUCUCUAUGAUUCUGUUUGUAGACUCAGACCCCUCUGCUCCAGCUGUGGUUAACUUUGUCAAAGGAGACAGUGACAUCCAGAAGUUCUAUGAGCACUGUGGAGGAGGUUACUUUAUCUUUAACACCAGGGGGCAGCAGCAGGUCCCUGGGCUGUUGGCUCAUGCAGAGGCUCUGAGAGACAAGAAUGCUGCAAAAGGAUAUACACCAGUGUCACUGGUACAAGGUCAGUUUGACAAGUUGAUGGCCCAAGAUGAGGAAAUACAGAAGCUGAAGUCCAGGAGCAUUGCCAGAAGCAAAGAUGACCAGAGCUCUGACUGUUUAAGGAUUGUACUAAUAGGAAAAACCGGCUGUGGAAAGAGCUCUUCAGGGAACACCAUUCUAGGAGAGAAGAAGUUUAAUGUUGAACUUAGUCGACAUUCAGUCACCAAACUCUGCCAAAAAGUUAACACAAAUAUUGACGGACGUUGUGUUGCAGUGGUGGACACUCCUGGAUUGUUCGAUACAAACUUGUCUCAUGAGGAGAUCAAUAAGGAAAUGGUGAAAUGCAUCAAUCUGCUGGCUCCUGGACCACACGUCUUUCUGUUAGUUAUAAAAAUUGACCGAUUUACAGCAGAAGAGAGAGAAGCAAUACGACUUAUAAAGGAAGGGUUUGGGGAAGACGCUGCUCAGUUUACAAUUAUUCUUUUCACUCAUGGUGAUGAACUGGAGGAACAUAAUAUGUCCAUUGAAAAGUACAUAGAGGGAGAAGAUUAUGAUUCCUUUAAUCAGCUCCUGUCUGAGUGUGGAAACAGGUACCAUGUGUUUAACAACCGCAACAAGACAAACCGCACUCAGGUCAGUGAGCUGCUGCAGAAGAUCGACAACAUGGUGAAGGAGAAUGGAGGAAGAAACUACACCAAUGACAUGCUGCAAAAGGCUGAGGCGGCCAUCAACAAAGAAACACAGAGACUGCUCCGAGAGAAGGACCAAGAGAUGAGAAAAGAGAGGGAAGAGAUGGAGAGAAAAUAUAAACAGGACAUGGAAGAAAUAAAAAUAAAAUUUGAGAGACAAAAAGAAGAGUUUGAAAAGGAGAAACUCCAAAGAGAACAACAGCUCAAUGAAAAGAUUAAAGAGGCAAAAGAGCAACAGAAAAGAGAGCAAGAAAGGAGAGAAGAGGAAGAGAGAAAGAGGAGGGAACAAGAUGAGCUAAAGUGUCAAGAACUGGAACAGAGAUAUAAAGAACAAGAGGAAAGAAUCAGAUUAGAGGAAAAAUCAAACAAAAUAAUUGAAUUAAAACUCCAGGAGAACAGAAAGCAAAUAGUGACGGAGAAAGAGCAAUGGGAAAAAGAAAAGAGAGAAUGGUGGGAACAGCGAAACUUGGAAGAUGAAAAGAGACAACGAGAAGAUCAACAAAAACAAGAAGAAUAUGAACUUGAACGAGAGGAGUUAAAUAAACGACUGGAAGAGGAACAACUCAGACGUGAAGAAGAGGAGAAGAAGAUGAAAGAGUUAGAGGAGAAGUAUCAAACCAAACUGAAAGAAAUGGAGAAGGAAAAGGAUAAGUACAAAGAGGAGGCCAGAAGCAAAGCUGAAGAAUGUAAUGAGUUUGAAAAGAAACUCACCAGUGAGUUAGAAGAGCGUAAGAAGGAGUAUCAGAGGAGUAUCAAAGAUAAGGAUGAAAAGUAUGACCUGUUAAAGGCUCUUGCAGCUCACAAAGAAAGAGAAAAGAUGGAGGCCCGUCAGAGAGAAAUCAAUGACAUCAUUAAAUGUGUGUCCAAAAACAAAGAUAAUGUCACUAAGAUACACAAGUUAUUGAAGAAACAUGAAGAACAAAUCAAAAGUGCACUGAACGAAGACGAAAAAGAGACACUGCUGACAAAGCAAGAGAAAGAGUUAGAGGACCUGAUACAGGAUCUUCUGAAGGAAAAGGACACUUCAGGCUGUGUGAUUUUAUAAACCAUUAUCACAGAGUAUCCUGGGUUUAGGCCAGUUCAUACUUCACGAGGAACAACAACUUGUUCUAGAUGCUGCAAAAACAACAACAAACAUCUUGCUUAUGUAAGCUUAGUAUGAAAAACACUCAGCUUUGGUUUCUUGAGGAGUAUUCAUGACCUUUUACACUUUAAUAUCUGUAUGAGGUUUAAGCUGAAGUGUGCUAAAAUCAUUAAACCCUAACAGAUCAGGCAGUGGACAUGGAGCUGCAGGUGGAUGUCACUGACAACAUGUUUAACACUUUACAAAUGAGAAAACUCCACUGAAGGACACUUCUGUCUUUGGAAUAGCACAUCUUAGUAUUGUCAUGCUAAUUACUAACUUAAAAAUCUAAAAUAGAAUGUAAAAUCUUACAAAACAACAAAAUUACAUUUGUCACACAGAAAAGACUACCCUGUUGUUUUUGUGAAUUCAUUUCUGAGAACAUGGAGAAAAAUCCCGCACACCGUCUUGAACCAGAAACAAAAGUGUUAUGGUUCAAAAGACUUGAAAAGAUUGACUUUGUCAAUAGACUCAUCCCUCUGGGAAAUCAAACAUGGAGGUUUGAUGCUCACUUUUUUGGAAAAUCCUUCCCAGUAUGAAUUGUGCGAUGACCAGAAGUCCGACAUUCUUGAUGCAUCUAUUCAAUAGCCAAUAUUUGCUAAGAACUGGGCCCACAAAUUUGCCAUAUGCAUCAUAUGAAGUUGUUGGGGAAAAAAAAGAUCCCACCUUUAUUUAUUUGUUCUUUAUGUGGAUAGGCCCAGUACUUUCCGAGAUAUUAUCCAUAAAACAGAACAAAUCUGCAAUCUGACAGUUACACAGACAGUUCUGCCAUAGAAUUCUGGCUUGUCUCCAGCUCAGGUUAAACUAUAGGGACUGUACAAAGUUGUGAUGUAACGUGAAAGCCUGUUUGGUCAGGAAAAUGUAAGUGUACAGCACAUAAACACAUUCUACAGGUCAGAAAUCUGUGGUAAAAUUUGCCUUUUAACUGUCAAAAAAAAUCUGAUGUUUUUACCUGGUUUAUGUUGAGUAUAGAACUACUUCAUUUUUAAUUAACUCAUUUAUUCCCCACUUACCUCACACAUUAAUGACAUCCUAAUAACACAGCAAUGAGUUAAUAACACAUCCCGGAGCCUAAACAUGGGUCUGUUUAAAAACCAAGAGAGUAAAAAUUUACAGUGAAUUUAUUACAGUAAAAUAUAAAAUCACAAUAAAACCAUUUAUUACUAAAUCCAUUCCGGCUCAAAAGGGAUAAAAUGCUAGAGCUCUUAAAAAUAAAAACUGGCUUAAAAGGGGGACUGUCUCUCCUGGCUCUUCCUCCUGCUCCUCCUUGUCACCUGGAUAUAUCGGGCUAUUCCACUGCUGCCACGAGAAAUGACAUUAUGUAAAGUUUUACUGUUUACUGUUACCUAGCAACCAUAAUGUUAACAGGGACCAUGAUGUGUCUAAAUUGUGCAACAGUUAUGAUUAGAUUAAUACAUUAAAACAUGUAUUUGUUUUUAAUGAAAGUUUAAACUGUCAGAAAAGUGUGUCCCUCAGGUGUAAAUGCUCCCUGCAUUUUGGAUGUAAUUUUCUGUGAUGACGACAUAUGUAGAGGUUGAUACUUUGCAGUAACAUCACACUGGGGGUGUUCUACAUGUAUCUCUAAUGGUGAAAUGUUUAAGAGUUACUAUGGUGACACAAUGCACACAUUAGCAAACAAUCUGUAAAACACAAAUCUGUUGUAGUUCCAACUAAAUCAAGCUAAACAAACAAACUAUAUUCUAGUCAGAUUGUGUUAAAUAAAGCUCAGAUUAAAGAGCAGAGUCUACAGGUAGAAUCACACCCCCAUGGAAUGUUGUCAUCAUCUGCAAAGUAUUAGUUCUGUUUUAGAACUCAGGAUUACUUCCUGUAUAUUUGUACUUUUCUUUUCAACUUCUUUCCCACAAAUGACCACUUAACAGAUGUAAAACUAUAGCUGUGUCUGAAUGUCCCCUCUGAGUGUCCCCUCGCCCCUAACCCCGCCCCUCACCCUUCAUUCACUCCUCCGUCCUGCACUCUUUAGCGCCCUCUACAGUGCACACAGAGACUUGGACUCGCAGCAUCACGUGACUCUGAAUGUCUGGGUGAAAAAAAAUCCACUAAACUCUGAUAAAACUUCUGUCAUAAAUAAUGAUCAUAUCAGACUGACACAAGUGUUUAUGGACUAAUAAGAAUCAGACGAGUUUUUGCCACGCUGGAUUUCACAUAAACAGACUGGAUUAUUAGAUUUUUGUUUGAGAUGUGGAAAUUAUCACUUUAUUUAUUUGUGUUUUAUUCAGAAUCAGGAUCAGAGCCAUAAACCAGCGCUUUUCUCUGCUUCACCUGUCGCUGUACGCCGUUGUUCCAGACUCUCACAGUGCAUUGUAGUACAUAUGUGCCCACAACUUUUCAAGGUGGAUUGUGGGAAAUUUUGAGUGCUCUAUUUUUUCACUCGCUGGACAUUUGGACACCCCUAAAAAUGGCGUGACCCAUAAAUAGUUUUGCAAAGAGGGAAUAGUGCGGACAUCCAGACACAGCCUGUCCCACCAAACCUGAUGCUGUGUGCACUACAAUGAACUCGAGUACAGUACAACGAUCAAUUCAGGAAAAAGAGGGGCCUACAGUAUCAGUUUAUGAACCACAUUACAAAAAAAUCAAAUGUAUUGUUUAUUCUAAGAUGUUUUGUUUGAAAUAAAAUGGCCGAUUGCUUCUUAA